AUGCAAAUUCAUCAGGUUGAAACACGAAACAAAGAAUCAACAAAUUCAGAGAAAAUGUCGCGUUUUGGUUGUUAUUUAAAAUCAACAAGAUUUGUUAUGUUGAGCAAAAACUUGUCAUUUUUAUUGGUCACGAAACGCACAGCAAGAGAAUUAAAAGCUUUAGUGAAGACUUUGAAUUUGUAA